UGAGAGGAAUCUUCAACCAAUUAUCCGCACUGCUGUCAAAGACACACGAUUGCCGAACGAAUGGGGUGCAUGGCGGCGUGGAGGAGACAAGAAGGAGGCAGUUGGAGGUGGCUGUGCGGAGUUGGCGGCACAAUGCUGCUCCUCAUGCUGUGGAGCGCGGUACUCGUUGUCCCGUCCCCUACAUCAUCGCUACAAGGAGCAAAGCGGUUUGGCAACACAUCAUCGUGUGAGCCGUGCCCGCCCGCGUCAUUCACAGGCGGCCAAUCACCAUGCUUCGGGCAUGGUGGGUGCAAGGCUGGCUGGUGCCCAACACCACCCAAAGGCUACUCGGGACCAGGAUACACACCUCCCGGUGGGAACAUCACGUACUGUACGCGCUGCACUCAAGGAACCUACCAAGACAAGUCGGGGGCCACGUCGUGCAAACUGUGCUCUCCCGGGCACGGGCCGACCAAGUUUCGAACAGGGUGCGAGCGGUGCAAUCCGGGCGAAGUCAGUUCGUUCACGCUGACAAACGGCAUCUGCGUCAGCUGUGUUGAGCUCCAUUACGGCUACCACAACUCGGCCAACCAAAGCGAAUGCAUUCCGUGCGAAGCGGGCACCAUGUCCCUGGAUGGUGCGACGUGCAGCGUGUGUCAGCCGGGGUUCUAUUGGGAUCCGCGCAAGAGGACGUGCCCCGUCGCCUGUCCCGCCGGCCGCCGCUGCACAUCUGCAACGGUGCCUGGGCGAAACGAUACAUAUUGUGCAACGUGUGACGAGUGCCCGCCGGGGUCUGUCCAGCCAAAGGAUGGGCGAUAUUCGUGCACGCUGUGCCCAACGGGAACCUUCCAGGACCUUCAAGGCCAGACUGCGUGCAAGGCGUGUGAUGUCGGGUUUGUGCAGCUCGAGAAGGGCGGUGUCACGUGCAUUGCGUGCCCAGCAGGAUCAUACUGCCCUGACAGCAGCACCAUGAAGCCAUGUCCUCGACACCGCUACUGCCCACCGCAGUCCACCCGCCCCCACACGUGCCCCUCCAUGUUCAAGGCAACGCCAAAGGAGUGCAAGGCAACUGGGCAGCUGAUUGCUGUCAUUUCGUGUCUCUCCGUCGCCGGCGUUGCUGUUGUGGGGAUCGUUGUGUACAGGUGGAGAAAAGCGCGCCACAAACGGGAGCUGGAGCGGGAGGUGCUGCUGCGCGCACAGAAGCAGCGGCGGCGGCCCGUGUACUCGGGCCUUUAA